CAGAGAUUCACACACACACAAAACCAGAAACAGCCGGAACGAAAAGAGACAUCAGCAGAGUUGAAAACAGAGGCACUCGCACUGAGGAGUGAGGAGCAGAGCAGCGUAAGAGCAAUUGUGGCUUUAAGACUGGUAAUCUUCAGUGUGCCUGGACCUGGAGAUUUGAGGACUGUUUGUUUGGCUUGACUUUGGACGGACUCUUGCUUUGUUGCUCCUGAGAGACUGACAGACUUUUCUGCAAACAGGACAAGGCAACUGAAAGAGCAAGGAAAGACACGUUUCAGACUGUCUCGAAGCAGUUGCCUGUUCGUCCAGCUGUUUUCGCACCUGCUGUUACAUUUGAUUUAAAUUAGAUUUAAAUUUCGUACCCUUCUGGGCUUCUUUUCCACCAAUGGCUGCUGUGCGUCAGAUGGUUAUGGAGGCCUCUGGCUUCCACGUCCUGCCUGCCCACCUUAUGGCCACAGCCAUGGAGGAGUUCCCCCAGCAGCUGCCAGUCCCCAAGGGCCCAGCGAGGGGCAAGAGCCGCUCCCGCCGACCUCGCGAGGCUCGCUUCAAAACACAGCCUGUCACCUUUGCUGAGAUUGCAGAGGUAGAAGAAGAAGGUUCCUCACCCCUGGAGGAGGAGAGGGCACGUCGCUCCUUCCUUCAGUCCCUGGAGAACCUGCGGCGGAGCACACAGACCCUCCACUGCCCACCGGCUGCCCAUCACAGCUGCGCCCCCACACCCACACAGGCCAGCCUGGACUCCAGUGACUCCGACUCCACCCAGUGAGGGAUGGGACAUAGCCACCUCCUUGCACCCAUGUUCCUCGCUUCGCCUUGACGCCGCUUCAAAUGGAGGCCAACUGAACUGAACCAAACUGGCCUGUCUGCCAGCCUGCCUGUGUGUGUGUGUGUGUGUGUGUGUUUGUGUGUGUGUGUAAGCUGCUGUUGUCAUAAAGAAGUCUGCAUUUAAUAUAUACUAACAUAUCAACAUACAGUAUAUAGUUCAAAGAUGCACUUGAUGCAUAUCUGUAAAGAUCUCUACCGGUGCCAAAGCUGGUUAUACUGCUGUAUAGAUAUGAUGAGUGUAAAGGUAGCAGAUGACACAGUGUUAAACACACCACUCUUCAAAUGUAUUCCUUUUCUACUGUAGAUUACUAUGAGAAAAAACUUGAAAGAUGGUUGAUAUUUUUCCAUUUUAAAGUUGUAUAGGUAUUUUUGUUUCAAUCCAGAUUUUUCUACUUGACCAGUCACCCUAGCAAUGACUGUUAAAGAAUGUUAGAAAUGUGACUUACCACACUGUAAAUACUUUGACUAAGCAGUGUACUGAGAAUCAAAAGUGACCUGGCCGUCACUGAAGCAGUAGAGUGCCAUUACAAAGCUUUGUCAAGAGUUGUUUUCCAGCCUCACAUUGAAUGAAAUCUCUGCUCUUGCUUCAAUUCCUGAGCAAAAAAAA